AUGGACUUUGUCCACGGGACGGAAGACACCGUUCUCCAUCUCUCGUCGGGACACCGGUCGCCUUCCCACUCUGGGACCGACAACGAGGAUGAUCAGCCCCGCAGACAGGAGAUACCGGACCUGUUCUUUGAUUCCCAAUCUGGCCGGUAUUAUUUAUCGGUUUCAGAGGACAAAGCCAUGAGGGAGUUCACCAGGCUGAACCCCCAUCCUGCAGACCACGGCACCUCGUCCAGAUCGGUCCCGACCGUAUCUGUCUUCGAGGGAUCUCCGUCUCCACCUCGCAGGCGUUCACGGUCCUCGACGGAUUUCAUCCCAACCCGUCCGAGAUCCCAAGUCAGGGUUACGGACCCCCUCUCCGAUGACCUGGACUCCGAAGAUGAACCUCUGCUCCCGUCUGAAGCUCCUUCCGACGAGGAUGUCCUCUCGGGCCCGUCGGGAAGCACCCUGGCCGCAACGCCUUCCUCAAAGGCUUCUUAUCUUUGGAGACCACCGGCUCGUGCCCUCUGCCCCGAGGUAAAUCGUGGUAACUGGGGACGGAUCCUUGCCCUCGUCACAAAUGCUGAAAGCCCAACGGAGGGCGACCUCUCGGCUGCUGCUGCCAUGUUCCCCUACCCGGGCCAGCACAACCCCGCGGCGGCGGCGCCUUCUGGCAGCCCUGGCCGCUACAUGGCCCACAUCACCCCGGUGCUGAGCAACGGCGCCUAUACAACAGCCUGCUCUCGGGCCCUCGGCUGCCGCCGCCCCGCAGGGCUACCCCGGGCCCCCGGGCUACCCCUCCCCGCCGAGUACGGCCGCCGCCGCCGCCGCCUCCCCUACCAGGGCUCGCCCUUCUACCCGUUCCCCGCCGCCGCCGCCGCUCUUGGAGUCCAAGGCGGAGGAGGGCUGGUCCCCGGCAAGGCCCCGGUCUACCUCUGCAACCGGCCCCUCUGGUCAUUCCACCGGCACCAGACCGAGAUGAUCAUUACCAGACAAGGCAGGCGCAUGUUCCCUUUCUUGAGCUAAAUUUCUGGCCUGGAUCCGACGGCCCACUACAACAUUUUCGUGGAUGUCAUCCUGGCAGACCACCACUGGCGCUUCCAGGGAGGCAAGUGGCCUUGCGGCAAAGCCGACACCAACGUCCAAGGCAACCGGGUCUACAUGCACCCGGACUCGCCCAACACGGGAGCCCACUGGAUGCGGCAGGAGAUCUCCUUCGGGAAGCUGAAGCUCACCAACAACAAAGGCGCCUCCAACAACAACGGACAGAUGGUGGUCCUCCAGUCCCUGCACAAGUACCAGCCUCGCCUCCACGUGGUGGAAGUCAACGAGGACGGCACCGAGGACUCCAGCCAGCCCGGCCGCGUCCAGACCUUCACCUUCCCGGAGACCCAGUUCAUCGCCGUCACCGCCUACCAGAACACAGAUAUCACCCAGCUCAAGAUAGAUCACAACCCCUUCGCCAAAGGCUUCCGAGACAACUAUGACACGAUCUACACGGGCUGCGACAUGGACCGCCUGACCCCUUCGCCCAGCGACUCUCCUCGCUCGCAGAUGGUGCCCGGGGCCCGCUAUGCCAUGGCUGCUGCUGCGGCGGCGGGCUCCUUCCUGCAGGACCAGUUCGUCUCCAACUACGCCAAGUCCCGGGGCUUCCACCCCGGCGGCGGCCUGGGACCCGGAGGCGGCCCUCUCCCGGAGCGAGGGCUGCCCCACCCGAACGGGCUGCUCUCCCCGCAGCAGGCCGAGGAGCCCGGCGCCCCUUCCCCGCAGCGCUGGUUCGUCACUCCGGCCAACAACCGCCUGGACUUCGGCGCCGCCGCCGCCUCGGCCUACGACCCCGCGGGGGAGCUGGCGGGCAACGCGGCCACCCUGCUCUCCUACGCCGCCGCCGGGGUCAAGGCGCUCCCGCUGCAAGCGGCGGCCGGCUGCACGGCUCGCCCCCUGGGCUACUACCCGGACCCCUCGGGAUGGGGCGCCCGCAGUCCCCCGCAGUACUGCAACGCCAAGGCCCUCUCCUGCUGGCCAGGCCCCGCCGGCCCUGCCGCCCGCCUGCCCUACCACCUGCCCGGCGGAGGAGGAGGAGGAGGAGCAGGGGCAGCAGGGGGCGCCGGAGGAGGGGGCAGCGGGGAGGAGGGCGAGGGCCUGGCCCCCCCGGAGAGGUCCCCGCUGGUGGCGCCCCCUCCUCCGGCCCCCGAGGACUCCAAGCCCCCCAAGGACCUCUCCGACUCCGGAUGGAUCGAGGCGCCCUCCUCCGCCUCCAUCAAGUCCAUCGACUCCACCGACUCUGGGAUUUACGAGCAGCAGCAGCAGCAGCAGCAGCAGGCCAAGCGGAGGAGGCUCUCCCCCUCCGCAGCUCCCUCGGCCUCGGCUUCCUCGGCCUCGGCCCCGGAAGGCGCCCCUUCUCCCCUCAAGACCGAGCCGGGACCCCUGGCCCCCAGGGACUGCGACAACAAGCCCUGCGCCGCCGCCAAGGACCUCGGGGGCUACUACGGCUUCUACGCCCACAGCUAGAGGGAGGGAGGGGCCACGGACAGGCCACGCCCGCGCCCUCCCCUCCCUGGACCCUCCCCCAAAGAGCCCCGCCCCUGGACCUUGACUUUCUCUCAAGUGGCCCUGGCUGGACCCUCCCCAAAAGUGGCCCUGACUUCGCCCCCAAAUGGCACUAGCUCCGCCCAAAAGUGGCCCUGGCCCCUCCCCAAAUGGCCCUCCCCCAAAGGCUCUGGACCCUCCCCCAAGUGGCCCUGGCUCCUCCCCAAAGUGGCCCUGGGUUUUUUUGUAGAAGCCCUGGCCCCUCCCUGAAAGAGCCCCCCCCCAGAGGCCCUGGCUAGGCUUUGGCAAAUGCCUUUCCCUCUGCUCUCCUCCGGGUCUCGGAGGCGGAUGGGGAGUUGGGCCCAAAGCAGAGCCCCAGGCCCCGGUGACUCCUCCCCCUCUAGGCCAAGGAUGGGUAGCCCUCUCCGGAUUCACCUCUCCUCUCCGCCCCCCAACUCCCGGGGCCCAAGCCCUGAAUGCAACAGUAGUCAUCCAGGUUGACAUUGCCAGGGAACCCUGGGAUUUCUAGUUGAGCUGUGGCCCCACAGCUCUCUGACAGAGAAGGCCCCCUGUCUCUCCAAACUAUAAUCCCCAGAAUUCCAUAGCAUUGAGCCAGAGCAAGUUUAAAGUGGGGUCAAUCUGGAUGAUUCCUGCAGUGUAGACACAGCCAGGGAGGAUCCCUGGGCCUCAUCUUGCCAGUAGAACUAGGAAGCAGGUCGAAUACUGGCGAUUUCUUAGUACGGACUACUAGGCAGUCCCCAAGGACUACAGAAACCAUCCAGUCUGAGACCCCUUUAACCGCCCUGGCUCAGGGCUAGGGAAGCCAGGGAAUUGUGGUGGAUUGUGGCCCUACAGCUCUCUGACAGAGAAGGCUCAAUGUCUCCCAGAACUACACACCCCAGAAUGUCCCUAACAUUCAGCCAGGGCAGCGAAAGCGGUCUCAAAGCGGAUCCUUUCUGCAGUGUGUUUUGGACCUGUGUGUGGAGGACAUUUUGCUUCCUAAGACAAUCCUUAGACAAGAAGGGACUUCUGUUGUCCCCUCCAAGGCUGAAGGUCUCCCUCUCCCUAGCAGCGAAAAGAGAGUGACAGCAUGCGAAACAAUCCAACUUCUUGGCCUCUUCCUAAUCCCAGAUUCCCAUGGGUAGCUUGAAGCAGUGACCC